AUGUUGCAGGGUGCAAAGAAAAGGACCUUAAGUGCAUCAAGUGUAUCUGAUGACACUGAGAGUGACCCAACUCUUGUGGAGCUGUCAAAGCUGAAGUCUGCUGAGGAGGAAACACGCUACUGGAAAAGACGUUAUGACACUCUGGCUGACGAUUAUGGAAGACUGCAGCUGUGCAUGGAAACAAAACUAUCUGAAAUACACACUAUGGUGACCGAGCUGUCACAGAUGAGAAGCCAAGCUUCACAGUGUCCAACAUGCACCUCUGCUGUCCUUCGUCGACCGAGCAGCCCAGCACUCAGUUACAUGAGUAACACAUAUCUGGAUGAUAACCAGUCACCACACCCUCAGCCAAAUCAUGAGUUGCUGGAUCAAGGGACCACGGCUGCCAUAACUUCAAGUGACACACUUGAAAGUUCAUCCUCAGCAGGAACUAGUCAAGCUGCAACAGGAGCAGCUGAAAACUUGCUGAGAGACGUGGCUAGUACAUCAAAUGCCGGAGCACCUUGUGGCACAACACCCACAGCAAACAAGGGGGCCAAGGACAAAGUGUUCAAAAAUGGUAAACAAUUGCGGCAACGUAUGUUAUUUGUGUAA